AUAUCGUUUUCCGCUACUUCCACAAACACAAAUUUAAUUUUAGAUCUAUUGCGAAAAUAGCAGACAUUUGCAUUACAAUAGUUUCUGUUUCUGCACUUUAUUUGCGAUAAAGUUGGCUUGUGUUCAUUUUAUUGCUGUUUUCAUCGCCCAUUUCGUUGGCAACUGCUUCAGUCGUAGUGUGUGCCGAUGAAGUAAGUGACUCCGUUGUGUGUGGGUCUGGAAAAAUGAAGCGCAGUGGUUCGUCAUCCACGAGUAAUCCCAAGUUUGCGAGGGAAAGGGAGGGAAGUCCUCCAGGGCGAAUAACAGUGGAUGACCAGAUCAUCAGAUUAAAUGAGCAAAUGGACAUGGUUCUGGAAAAUCAAAGUAAAAUCAUAGACACUUUGCGGAGGUUGACCAACAGCAGCGGUGGUCAAACUGAAGAAACACAAGAAUCUCUGCUCGAAGAUCAAGAAUUGCAGAAAUUUCCUCUAACUGAAAUCGAGCAGCUGGACAUGGUGGAAGAGGCUCUCAAUGAUCCCGAAAAUCGUUAUUUUCAACAAAUGAAGGACAUUAUACAGCCUGAGGAUAAGCCUCGUCCUGGAGGCCUUAGGAGACACUUUCAUCUGCUAAUGAAGGCCGACUUUUUUGUCCAGUUCAAUUACGAUGGCAUCCACAACAAGUAUCCAUUCAAGAAGUACAAAAACUUCAAUAAUGCCAUAUAUCGCAUUCGAAAGCAUGAUGGUUAUACGGAAGAUGAUUAUGUUACGGAGAUGAGAGCCGUAUUUCGUGCCUAUAAGAAUCGCAAAAGUAAAAACACUUCGAAUGCUAGGAAAAAACUGAAGGAAGCGCAGGCCCACUUUGAGCCUGAAAUCGAUUUUGAAAAGAUCUUGUGGCCCGAUGAAUGAAACAGAAAGACACGAUCCAUGCGAUCCCCUGUUA